UUAGCCAGCCGGGAGGACGUGCCUGUGCAACAUAUGGCCGAAGUUUAUAAUCUCCAUCCAGUUUCUAUAAUAACUUGCUUCUACUGCAAGGUUAUCAUUUGAUGACGACAAUGAUUAUAAACAUCAUAAUUGUAUUCAUUGUCUGUCCGGGCUGGCUGAAGAUGUUUGCGAUGGAGCAGGGGGUUGUGGGAGUGCAGGGUCUGAAGAGUGGGCUAUACCUGUGUAUGAACAAAGAUGGGAUCUCACAUGGAUUGAGUCGGUUCACAGCAGACUGUCUCUUCCGGGAGAGUCUGGAGGAGAAUCAUUACAGCACCUACUCCUCCAUCUCAUACCCGGGCUUCUACCUGGCUCUCUCCCCCCGAGGGGGGGCAAGGAGGGGUGGCAGUGUGAGCAAACAGCAGCCCGGUACCCACUUCCUGCCCCGGAGGGUCCAGUGAAGAACCCCCCCCACCACAACCCACAAACAAUGAACAGCCCCUACUAACUUAACAGUGGAUCCCAGCUCCUGCUUCCGGGGUAAUAUCUGUGCCUCCAUUGAAAACAUCCUGUCUUAACAGAGGGGUGGAGGAAUCUUGUCAACUCCAGCAGAAACUCUUCUGAUCUCUUCUUCC